UGAUCUAAGCGACCCCCACUCGUGGCGGGUGCUUGUUCACAUGAAGUGCUCCGCUGCUCCGCACUUCGUGCGAGGACGCGCGGCUGAGGCGCACCGCCACUCGGGACAGCAGCCGGCGAGGAUGCGUUGCAGCAGGAGCUGAUCCUUCUUUACUUCAUCCCCCUCUCUCUCUUAUUCUUCCUGGAAGCAAACAUGCGGGACUUUAGUCACAGUCUGCUCCUUUGCGCGCUCCUGACCUCCGUUUACGCAGCAUCGGCGGCGUCGUCUUCCUCCUCCUCCUCCUCCUGUCCUCCGGGCUGCGAGUGCUCCGAGGCGGCGCACACGGUCAAGUGUGUGGCCAAAGACCUGCGGAGCGUCCCGGUUGGGAUCCCCGUAUACACUCGGAACCUCUUCAUAACGGGGAACCAGAUCACGCGCAUCGGUCCGCAGUCAUUUAAAGGCUUGGAUAACGUGACCAACCUUUCUCUCAGUAACAACAGGAUCUCGGAGAUGGAGUCGCACACCUUCUCUGGCCUCCAAAGUCUGCGCUCUCUGGACCUGAGCAACAACCAGCUGGCGGUGAUCCACCCAGAAGUCUUCGCCGUGGUCAACAAAUCCCUACGCGAGCUCAACCUGAGCCGAGCCCUGUACAACCACUCCUCUGUGAUGGAUCUGGCCACGGCGCUGCGCUGGAGCUUGCUGGGGACGCUACGCGGUCUGGACCUGUCCCACAACAGCCUCAUCUAUCUGCCCCCGCACAUCUUCUCCCACAUGAGCGGCCUACGGCGCUUGCUGCUGGCCAACAACUCCCUGGUGGCCAUCCACAACGCCACGCUGGCUGGACUGGAGGAGCUGCAGGAGCUGGAUUUGACCCUCAACUCGCUGAAAUAUGUGCCCGAGGAGAGCUUGCGGGAGCUGGACUCGCUUCCUGAGGCGGAGCUUCUUCUCGGGGAGAACCCCUUCACGUGUACAUGCGGGAUAGAACCUUUCGUCCAGUGGCUCAACCGCUCGCAGGAUCGCAUUAGAGACGCCAGCGAGCUGGUGUGCGCCUUUCCCAUUGCCAUGCGGAACACCUCCAUGCUCUCCGUGGGCGCGUUUGGCACUCUGGGGUGCCGCCAGAGGGGAGCAGGGGCAGACUUAGCCCUGCAGACCUCCUACGUCUUCUUGGGGAUCGUGCUGGGCUUCGUGGGCCUCAUUUUCCUCUUUGUGCUUUAUCUGAACCGCAAGGGCAUCAAGAAGCGCAUCUAUGACAUGCGCGACGCCUGCAGGGAGGUGUGGGAAGGUUACCAUUACCGCUUCGAGAUCGACUCGGACCCCAGGUUGUCCCGAGUGUCCUCCAGCGCAGACAUGUAAAACCUGAAAACAUUUUAGCAAGGAAACGUGUAAAAAACAAAACACAUGUACAGAUUUGUCUGUAAAUAAUUGUGUUAAUAUGACAGUAUUGUUGAAUGGCUUGGCAAAAGUCUGCAGUGCUCGACUUCCACUGUUACAUAACUUUAAUGUACAACUUUAUGAGCGGAGCUCACAGUUUCCUGUCUUCCUCACAAGACCGACAGCAAGUGCCUCAAGUCAUGUUACUCAAAUAAGCAGAACAAUCCAUGACCUGCACCAUCCAAUCACAUCCGAUACAAGAGCUGUAUCAAAGAUAGUACAACAGAGAGUUGUACUAUCUGUUGUUUCAGCAAUGCUAUUUGAUCAAAUAAUCAAAGUUAUCCUAAAACACACUUUCCUUAAUAUGUUCUGUCAUCUAAAAUGAUACAAAAUACUAAACAAAAAUAAUUGUACAACCUUCCGUAAAUGCUUCAAUUAUAGCGGUUAUUUACUUAGGGCGUUAAAUAGAAUUAUCUGUCAUAAUACAAUUUGGAGUGCAUGAGGAAGUGGAAAGUAAUAACUCUAAACUACCAUUUAAAGGUGACGUGUGGUGAUUUUCAUUUAAAAAAACAUCCAAAAUGUUCCAUUCUCAAGGCCUUCCCAGAUUGCAAAUGAAACCACGCCCCACCCUCUAUAAAAGUAUAAUAAUUUAUACUUAAAAAAUGUACAAUGUUUAAAUAUAUAUCCCAAAGUUGUAGCCGCAAUUUUUCCCCCCAGUUAAAAAUAAACUUCAUAAACAUAGACUCACCCGGUCACAACAUCAGGUACACCUGCACAUGCUUUUAUAGGGUCUCUGCAGGUUGCAACAUGUCAAAUUGAAGACUUAUAAGACUUUUUUAAGAUCAGCUUGAAAAUAAUUUAAGGCCAUUUCACAUCCAUACAGACAAAAAAUACAAAGAAAAUCAGAGGUGAUAAGUAAAUGAAUUCAUUCGCUGCUCUUUCACAUUGGAAAACAAAAUGGUUAAACUAACUAAAUACACCAGGAGCUUCUCUAGUGUAAACUAAUUUACAACAGCCAAUUUUCAGAUUUGCCAUAGAAGUGUCUUCUUGCAGAAGGUGCAGUGUCCUUCAUACCAAGUGUUUUCAUGUAACAUCAACAUUAGCAAAGGUAGAGGAAAGCACAGCAAUAUAUUGUCUGUGAAAGGGACAGUUAGCAUCUCUGCUAAAGCUAAAUGGUUAACUUUGGUAAUGUUUUUUGGGCUGUCAGAAUUGAGCAAACCGAUAAAAACAUCUACAGUACUACUGUAUCUGCACAAAGUUGUGAAAAACAGUGUGUGCAGACAGAGUGAUAGUCUAAAAAGACGGAAGGUGAUUAUGGCUUGCAAGCCUCAAACAGAAUUUGGAUGUAAAUAAUGUGGAUGACAUUCAAAUGUGCUCAGCUCGUUUUGUAUAUGGUGUGACUUUUUUGAAAACAUAUUGCUAAUACACAAGGAUUACCGUAUUUUUCGGACUAUAAAUCGCAGUUUUUUUCAUAGUUUGGCCAGGGGUGCGACUUAUACUCAGGAGCGACUUAUGUGUGAAAUUAUUAACACAUUACCGUAAAAUAUCAAAUAAUAUUAUUUAGCUCAUUCACGUAAGAGACUAGACGUAUAAGAUUUCAUGGGAUUUAGCGAUUAGGAGCGACAGAUUGUUUGGUAAACGUAUAGCAUGUUCUAUAUGUUAUAGUUAUUUGAAUGACUCUUACCAUAAUAUGUUACGUUAACAUACCAGGCACGUUCUCAGUUGGUUAUUUAUGCCUCAUAUAACGUACACUUAUUCAGCCUGUUGUUCACUAUUCUUUAUUUAUUUUAAAUUGUCUUUCAAAUGUCUAUUCUUGGUGUUGGGUUUUAUCAAAUACAUUUCCCAAAAAAAUGCGACUUAUACUCCAGUGCGACUUAUAUAUGUUUUUUUCCUUCUUUAUUAUGCAUUUUCGGCAGGUGUGACUUAUACUCCGGUGCGACUUAUACAUAUUUUUAUGUAGGCAUGACAAGAUGACAUUCACAAAUCUCCAUUGCCUUCCUCACCCCACAAUAAGAUGAGUAUAAACACUAAACACUUUUCAUGUCGCUUGCUGUAUAAACUUGGAGAAAAGAUUAGGCGAGAAGCUGACCUGAAAUUAUUGGAACAAAUAAUAGAAAUAACCCUAACCCUACCACAGAGAAAUUAGUGUGUGCUUACUGUAUGUAAUAGUAUGAUUUCACUACUAAACAUCUCAUAUUGAUCUCCUUCAGCAAUUGGCGCAACUUAAACCACAUAACACACCUUUUGUUGGGGUGGAGGGUCGAAGGUCACGGGGUGGUUUAUGUUUAUCUUUGUAAAGUUGUGCAAGUGUUUGUGGCAUUUAAGCAUCUUUUGACACGGACUUAUCCCGGAUUUUUGACUUUUCCAAAUUUAUUCCAUUCACACCGCCGUGUUUACAAACGCUUCCGUCCUCGAUGGCUGCACAUCUGGGCACACUUGCCAACCCUCCCGAUUUUAACGGGAGACUCCCGAAUUUCAGUGCCCCUCCCGGGGCAACCAUUCUCCCGAAUUUCUCCCGAUUUCCACCCAGACAACAAUAUUUGGGGCGUGCCUUAAAGGCACUGCCUUUGCGUGCCGGCCCAGUCACAUAAUAUCUACGGCUUUUCACACACACACAAGUGAAUGCAAGCAUACUUGGUCAACAGCCAUACAGGUCACACUGAGGGUGGCCGUAUAAACAACUUUAACACUGUUACAAAUAUGCGCCACACUGUGAACCCACACCAAACAAGAAUGACAAACACAUUUCGGGAGAACAUAACAUGUAACACAACAUAACAAAUACCCUGAACCCCUUGCAACACUAAAUAUACACCCCCCGCUACCCCCGCCCACCUCAACCUCUCCCCCUUACCCCAUCUCCCGAAUUCGCACGUCUCAAGGUUGGCAAUUAUGCAUCUGGGUACUAAACACUUUAUACGUUUCCAUCCGCAGGGUCCAACCAUGCAUUACAUUUAUUGUUCAGGAGACAAAAAUCCUUGAAUUUUUACUUACUUACCCAUCUUAUGCAAAGCUUUGCUGUGGGCAUUCGUUAAGUUUUCUCUGCUGCUAUGCUAACUAAGCUGUCAACACACAGCUGCGCGCGCACAGCAAUAGCUGGCGGUGUUCGAUAAAUUCUGACCGGGCAGCACAGUUAGUUCCGCUGUGUGUAAAUAAAAGUAACGUCAAUAGAUUAUUAAGACCUUUCAAAAUCGUAUUUAAGACCUUUUAUGAGAUUUUAGGAGAAUUUGAGACAUUUUAAGGCCUUAAAUUGAAAUUAUUGGAUUUAUGACUUCUGUAGACUUUUUAAGCCCCCGCUGAUACCCUGCUUUUAGCAGCAUUUAUGUCACUGCAUGUUGCACGUCAGUAUUAUUAUGCGCAUGCCAAGAUUAGAUGAAAAUAGUGCUUAAUCCUACAUUUUUUGUUUCCUCAUAGAGCUUAACUUAACUUCUGAAUAAGUGCUUCCAUCCAGCGGUGGCGUCACGACGUAGCAAGACUGCAAACCCUGCAAACAAAAGCAUCAUAAACAUGAUUGGUUGCUUUUUAACACAGUUAUCCAACAUUGUAACAAACAUGUGUAAGUCAGAAAAGACGAAAUUCAUCAUACAACAGAACCAAUGUUUGUAAUAAGUAAGGAGCAAAUACCACAGGAAUAAGGCAGAUCGACACGUGUGAGUUUCACACCAUCACCUACUGACAUUUUUAAGCGGUAGUGCAUGAUACAACAAAUGCAACUACUGCCAUAAAAAAUGUUGAUGCCAGUGUUUUAAUUAGAAACUCCGACAGUUAUUUGCUUUUGUACACAAAUUAAGUCGCUAUUUGGAGCAUUUCUAGUAAUAAAAAUAAUACUUAGGAUAUGUGCAGCUGUACCUCAUUUGGUGCCCGGCGAGUGUAUGUCACUGGUAAUCUGGAUUUAUCGUGUAUAAACCGGCAAGAAAACAUUGUAAUAGGUCCUAAUUUCCAGCAAACCACUUGGAAUUCCUGCUGAGUGACUGUGAUUGCCUCUGCUUCUCGGAUCAGGAAGGAACAUAAUUCGGCACAGGCUAAACGGGAAUAUCCCAGCCCCCCUCCGUCCUCUUCCUUUUUUUUUUGUUGUUGCAUGAAACGUUGCUUUGUUUCACCGCCUCGAGUUUUAUUGUCAAAAUGAUGAGAACCAGUCGCGGGUUGAGGGCGGCUAAAAGCAACCCCCCUUCUUCAAAGACAGCACAGCCCACUCAGUCGGCCUCUCCAUGUUUUUCUGUUUAAGAAGACCUUUUUCCCCGCCGACUCCUUUCUUUACAUGAUAAGAUACAGAUGAAUUUGGAACACCAGCCACAUUGCUUCACUCGAGGCCAGGAGACGCUUUUUCUUCGACAAGUGAAAUCCGCACAGUGUCACACGUUCAUUUGUCGCCCGUCUAGCCGUAUAUUUUAUGGACGAAUCGCAAAAAGUCAAUCAUCUGUUUGCCUUUUUCAUGCGGCAAACAGAUGAGUUUACUGCCCCAAUUUGUUGACUUGUAGGUAUUUAGGGUGGCGAUAACAGCCUCCCUUUGUGUCAAGCCAAAGAAGCAUCCCCCUGAGCUAUUCUACUGCAUGUGCAAUAACACAAUAAAAGUACAGAAAGUGGUGGUUGGUGGUCUCUAUGCUUAUUACCUUGUUAAAUAAAUGCACACUGGUAAACCCA